GAGGCAUUCAUUGUUGGUAGCACUGCCAAAUGUCAUUUUACUGUUGUGUCGUGUUUUGACGAAGUGAUUCCUUCAAAUUUUUACAAACAGUAUUUUAAAGAAAAUUUAUGGCAGCAAAGAUUAUAAUGCCUGAACCACCAUCUUCAGCAAGUUCAGAUAGCGAUGUAGAGGAAACGCAAGCAGAUUUCUCCGAAGUUUUUCCGGAUUGCGAGGUGGAGGAAGAGAAAAGCGGAGAUUUUUACAACACACCAGCUUCACCUAUCACAGUACCAUAUUGCCCCAGACCACCAUCCACAGGUUCACAAAAAUCGCCAAAGUCUCGAAGACAAAGAACUACAUCAUUAAAUCAACAGUCAAAGAAAACAGCGACCGAGUCAAUGAUUAGGACACAACACCGAACUAUUUACACUGCUGGAAGGCCCCCAUGGUACAACAGCGAAGGCCAAAAAGUCGUACCAUUUAUAAUUGGUAUUUGCGGAGGCAGCGCUUCGGGUAAAACGACGGUUGCCGAAAAAAUAAUCGAAUCUCUGGGCGUGCCAUGGGUCACUUUGCUGAGCAUGGACUCCUUUUACAAGGUUCUGAACGAACAGCAGCACGAAAUUGCCGAUCGAAACGAGUACGAUUUCGAUCAUCCGGAUGCGUUUGAUUUUGAUCUGCUAACACAGACUCUUCAGAGGCUGAAAGAGGGCCGCAAGGUCGAAGUUCCUAUUUAUAAUUUUAUGACGCAUUCUAGAGAAAGCAGAACGAAAACAAUGUACGGUGCAAACGUUAUAAUCUUCGAAGGCAUCCUGACCUUCCACCACCCAAAAGUAUUGGAAAUGCUCGACAUGAAAAUUUUCGUCGACACCGACGCCGACGUGCGUCUUGCGAGAAGACUGCGCAGAGACAUAAGCCAAAGGGGGCGUGAUCUCGAGGGAGUCAUCAAACAGUAUACCGGCAUGGUGCAGCCCUCGUUCAACCACUACAUCGCCCCGUUGAUGGUACACGCUGACAUCAUAGUACCAAGAGGUGGAGAGAACGAAGUUGCUAUACAGUUAAUUGUGCAGCAUGUCCACACACAAUUACAAUUGAGAGGUUUAAAGCUUAGAGAAGAAUUAAUGCAAGCAAACGCUUACAUAGGUCAGGCAAGACCCGAUACAGUCCGAUUAUUGCCGACCACUCCGCAAAUCCGAGGCUUGCAUACUUUCAUUAGAAACAAAGAUACCCCCAGAGAUGAAUUUAUAUUUUACAGCAACCGCUUGAUAAGACUUGUUAUCGAGUAUACAUUGUCGCUUAUGUCUUUCAACGAAAAAUUAAUCGAGUCGCCGCAGGGGGUACCUUAUUCUGGUAAAAGAAUGAGUACCAAUAAAAUAUGCGGCGUUUCGAUAUUAAGAGCUGGAGAGACUAUGGAGCAAGCUGUAUGUGAUGUAUGUAAAGAUAUUAGGAUUGGUAAAAUUCUAAUCCAGACUAAUCUUCAGACAGGAGAACCAGAGCUGUAUUACCUAAGACUGCCCAAAGACAUAAAAGAUUACAAGGUGAUCCUUAUGGAUGCCACAGUGGCCACCGGUGCUGCCGCCAUGAUGGCCAUUAGAGUUCUACUUGACCAUGACGUUGCCGAGAGCAACAUUCUUAUAGUGUCCCUCUUGAUGGCCGAAUUGGGCGUGCACUCUAUAGCCUACGCUUUUCCCAAAGUUCAGAUUGUCACGACUGCUAUCGACCCAGAAAUUAACGACAAAUUUUACGUGAUACCCGGCAUUGGUAACUUUGGAGACAGAUAUUUUGGUACAGAGCCUGCAGAUGAGUGUUAGUGACUAAGUAGUACUUAAGGCAGUUUUUACUUAAAUAAAGUGAGUGUACAUAAAAAAUAAAUUAUUUAUUAAAUU